AUGAUUUUCUACGUCAUAUUGAUAAUAUCGUUAGCAUACGCAUGUAUUCUUUUAAGAAGGAAUAGACACAAAUCCUUAAGAGCUCUUCCGACACCACCGGGCUCGAGAUUUUUUUUUGGACAUUAUGGAAAUCUUGGUCCGAAGCCUCACGAAACGUUCACGCGAUGGAAAGAAGAGCUGGGUAGCGAUAUCUACAGUAUCAAGAUGGGUCAAACCAAUUGGGUGAUUUUAAAUUCUGAUAAGGCCAUUGGAGAAUUGAUACAAAAACGCGGUGCCAUUUAUUCAUCCCGUCAGGAUUCAGAGUUAAUCUUCAGAAUUCUCUCGAGAGGAAAGUCUUUCGGAAGUAGUCCGUACAAUGACCAUUAUCGAAAACUUCGGGCCAUUGUUGCCAGACUUCUCUCAGUUCACAAGAUUGCAUCUUUCUUUCCGAUUAUUGAUACGUGCACCCGAGAUUUAUUAAGGGAUCUUUUAUAUAUUCCCAACAAGGAACAAGGAGAAUUAUCAAAAGGGCUCGCGAUCUUUCCACGUUCAUAUAUUCGACGAACAACAAUGAAUAUCAUAAUGAAUAUCCUUUUUGGAAGGAAAACCAAAGGAAUUAACGAUCCCAUGUUUAAAAGGAUCGAUAAAUUGGUAAUGAGAGUUUCAGAAUUGGCAAGCAUCAGUGGUAGAUCAAUGGAUUUUUUUCCGAUUCUUAGAUAUGUCCCAAAUUAUAGUCAAAAGAAGGAGGCUUAUGCACUUCGAGACGAAACUGAAUCCGCGUAUGAUGGUCUUUUCCAAGAAAUUAAAAACGAUAAAAACAAAAAUCCUUGUUUCAUUAGAGAUUUGUGGGAAAGACGGGAAAAGGAGGGACUUGAUGAACUUGACGUCAUUCACCUUUCAAGUAAUCUUAUUUUUGCCGGCACUGAUACGGUUUCGGGUAGUAUUACGUGGUUGCUCGCCGUUCUCGCAAAUAACCCACAAAUUCAAGCGGAAGCUCAUCAAGAACUUGAUAAAAUCGUCGGUCGCACUCGUCUUCCAAACUACUCGGAUACUUUGGCCCUUCCAUACACACGAUCUAUCAUACGUGAAGGUCAACGAUAUUGUCCACCCACAUUUGCUGCCGUACCACAUUAUAUUGAACAAGAUGAUGAAUACAUGGGAUAUCAUAUUCCCAAAGAUUCAUUUGUAAUUAUUAAUAACCAUGCUACUUCCUUUGAUCCUACAAGGCAUCCGAAUCCUUACGUGUUCGAUCCUAAGAGAUGGUUAAAUGUGAAUUUGACAUCAGCUGCCUUAGCAAAUGGGCCACAAGAAAAGAGGGAUCAUUUCAGUUUUGGAGGAGGUAGAAGGACAUGUGUGGGAAUUAAUUUGGCUGAAUGUGAAUUAUUUGUAAUCCUCUCUCGUCUUCUUUGGGCAUUUAACAUUGAAAACGCCUCUCCACUAGGUAAAGAUAAUCAGCCAAUGCCAAUCGACCUUGGCAAGGCCAUCGUUGGUUUGACUCUGUGGCCAAUGGAAUAUCAUGUUAGAUUUUUACCCAGAGGUGAUUGGGUAAAAAGUUUAUUGAUCGAUGAAAUUGUUAGAAACCCAUGA